AUGUCUAAAAAUAAUAUUAUUGCAAGAGGGUUCGGUGGCGAUUGGAACAUUGACUACAUAGAACAGUUGAUUGAAGAUUAUCAAGACAGCAAAGCAGUUGAAUCGUAUUAUCUAUGCAAUCUCAGUGAUGUUAUGAGAAAGUUUGAUGAUUGGGUGAAGAAACUGCCAAGAGUGAAACCAUUUUAUGCUGUUAAAUGCAAUGAUGACAUCGGAGUUCUUAAAACUUUAUCAGAAAUCGGAUGUUCGUUUGACUGUGCAUCAGCUUCGGAAAUUUUGGAAUUAAAAGCACUCGAAGUCGAAUCUGACAGAAUUAUUUUUGCAAAUACUACGAAAAUGUCGAGUCAUAUUGAAGUGGCCAAGAACAACAACGUCAACUUGAUGACCUUUGAUAACGAAGAUGAACUGGAGAAAAUUAAGAAAAUUCAUUCGAAAGCGAAUUUGAUAUUGAGAAUUCGUUAUAGUUCUGAGAAAGCGUUGUAUAAAUUGGGAAAUAAAUUCGGAUGCCUUCCAAACACUGAAGCUUCAGAACUUUUGAAGUUAGCGAAAAAAUUUAAUCUCAAUGUUGUUGGAUUGAGUUUUCAUAUUGGGUCAAGUUGCGAAGAUUACGAGACUUAUGGUGCAGCUAUUAAAGUUUGUAGAAAAUUAUUCGAUGUUGCUGAAACAAUUGGAUUCAAGUUUAACAUUCUUGAUAUUGGGGGUGGAUUUCCUGGAAACAAUUUUGAGAAGAUCGAUGAGUUUGCAAGUAAGAUAAACGAAUAUUUAGACGAAAACUUUCCUAUUCAAGAAUUCUUGGAUUUGAAAAUAUUUUCUGAGCCUGGUCGGUACUUUGUUGAAUCAGCAUUCACACUUGUGACUCAAAUUCACUCAAGAAAGGUGAAUAAAGAUUCGAAUGGUGUCAUCCACGAUGUUAUGUAUUAUUUAAAUGAAGGAGUUUACUCCAACUUUCUGUUCGUUCCACUUGGACCUGAAAUUGUUCAACCUCAAAUCGUGAAACGUUUGCGAUCAAAAGAAAAAUAUAAAACAACAAUUUGGGGCCCAACAUGUGAUUCCACUGAUAAAGUUUGUGAAGACAUCGAAAUCGAAUUGAUGAACAUUGACGAUGUUCUUUACUUCUUGAAUAUGGGAGCUUACACAAUUCCUUUGAGAACUCCGUUUAAUAAUUUGGGAACUACAAAAGUUAAAUACUUUAUCAAUUUUAAUGACUGGUAG